CUUUGACAUAAAAAUGACAGAUCAUCAAACCACGGGAUUGGGGAUGUGAUUUAUUUAUUUUUAUAAUUUCUGUGAGAAUACGCUGAGUAUUAUUUUAAAUUUAACAGUUUCAGUGGUUUGUCGAACAGAGCGAUGGCCGAGACGAGCGAAGCGCGGGCAAGCGCGUCGGCGCCAGGCGGUGAUGCUGGUGGAGACGACGAUAAACAUGAUGAGCGUAUGCUGGAGUGCAACAUCUGCCUGGACACAGCGCGAGAUGCCGUCGUUAGCAUGUGUGGACACCUGUUCUGUUGGCCGUGCCUGCACCAAUGGCUAGAGACUAGGCCUAGUCGGCAAGUGUGUCCCGUCUGCAAGGCAGCUAUAAGCCGAGACAAAGUCAUUCCGCUGUAUGGCAGAGGUAACACUAAACAAGAGGACCCAAGGAAUAAGGUGCCGCCACGGCCUGCGGGGCAGCGCACGGAGCCCGAGAACAACAGCGGCUUCCCCGGCUUCGGGUUCGGCGAGGGCUUCCACAUGUCAUUCGGCAUCGGCGCCUUCCCCUUCGGAGUCUUCACCUCGACAUUUAACUUUGGGGACCCGAGACCGAGUGCCGCACCCCGCGGCACCGCCCAGUACGUAGAGGAGCAGUUCCUAUCGAAGAUAUUCCUGUGGGUGGCCAUCCUGUUCGUGCUGUGGCUGAUCUUCGCAUGACCGCCGGAAUCGAUCCCGCUCCCCACGGGCCGCGUGUUGCACCCAUACUGACUCGCCUGUCACCACCGGUGUGCUUCGGUAUGUUUACACUUUGGUUCGCGACUUUACCUAAAUUUUCCCCAUUUCCUAUAUGUUUGUUUGAUAAAAUUGUUGGUGGGUUCCUAUAUUCUCCUCUGCACCUAAACGGCGUCAGAAUGUUGAUGAACAAAUGAAAGAUGUUGUGGAGUAUGGAUUGAGAGUCUGUUAUAUUCUAUUAAGGUGUGGUGUGGGUCGCUUGCGAUUGUGAUUGUUUUCGUGAGCGACAAUUUACAUACUGUGUUCAAUUUAACAUUACACUGCAGUAGAUGUAGGUUGAAUUUAGCAAGCAACGAAAUCUGUUAUUUUUUACGCCUUCUAAAGUAUAUUUAUGUGAAGACAAAGGGGGCUAGAUUAUCUACUUUAACACAAUUAGUGUGUUUGUGAAUGUAACAAUGUAUUAUGUUUUUACAAUAUGUUCUGUUGUUACUACUUUAUGUGUAGUCAUGGAAUACAUUUUCACAUCGCCAUGUGACUGAGUCACUGUAAAAAAUACAUCUGAGCGCCGUCAGCUACGGUAUUAUAAUAAAAAAAUGCAUCUCUUAUUAGAACCGAGAUAAAAAUCUUCAUAACUCUGUAAUUUAGAUUAGGUUAAUGUUCCACAAGGUCUUUGAGUAGUUAAUUAUACAUAUAGAUGCGAUGCACCACCCAUAUUCACAUGAAAACAUCAUGAUAAUUCAUUGAUGACAAGUGUAAACAUAUCGACGUCGCUCGCUCCCCGCUCUUCAUGCUGCGACACGAGGCGCGGCGGCCACACGCGCCCGACCUCUUCACUAUUGCACUCCAGAGCACUGGCAAAAAGGCGCCGCAUCUACUGUUUGUCGAAUAAUAACAGAAUUCUCCAUAUAGAUAGACUAAGCGAAUGUCGCAUUACUGUACAGCUUCGGUCAAAUAAACAUUACUGUAUAUAUCUUAACACUGAUUUGUAGGCUGAAGCUCAUUCAUUUGACGAUACCUUCCUUUGAAAUAUCGAAGAAAUAGUUUGAGAAAACAGAAAAUAAAACAAACCUGCCUAUUGUUAUUGUACAAUAUUACUUUUCUACAAUUCUCCACUAGUACCUAUUAAUGGCUUGUUCCUAUGAUAUUGUUUUUUUGAACAAGCCGUGUUCGAAAUGUCCAAUUAAGAAGUUUUAUUUAUUUUACAUCUGUGACCAUUUAUCCAAGUCGAUAGUAGAUAGCUCAGAUAUAUUGUGUUUAGAAAUAACUUAAAUAUUUUAAACUGAAAUCGACUUUGAUAUCUUGUUAUGGUAAACUGAGACGAUUUUCAUAGUUAUUGAAAAUGCUUCGUUAUAACAUGUACGUCGGUUUGGAGACUGGCAAUGUGUCGAUUGUUAAGCGAAUCUUCUAUCACAGUAAGAGUGAGUGGUGUGUAUGCUACUACGCGUAUAAACCUGUGCUACCUUGUUACUUUUACAGGGGCCUUUGUCAAACUGUUUGCUUCUAGGUUAGUCUUACAAGAUCCAGUACUGAUGCAAUACAUUUGAGUUGUGUACAGAAACACAAACGGGCCGCUCAAACAACAGCCUUCACAUGUUAUUACAACAUUACUAGUUGAUUUAUCGCUUGCUGUUUGUAAAACAUAUCCAUCACAUAAGGCAACGACAGAACUUCAUGCGUAAUUCCCCAUCGCGUAUGAGUUUCCAUGUAAAAACCAUAAUCAUUUAAGGUUUGUGUUUUGUACACAACUCUAUAGCAACACUCGUUGUAUUUAAUAUUUAGCCUGCAAAACUAUAGGUGUUUAUUGUUCUUAAAGAAUUAAAAUUAUAUUUUACGUUAGUUUAAUGGUGUGACUACAUAAUGUAUGGUAGUUGCUCAAUACGGCAUUGCGGAUACUCGGAAAGACGUAUAUUAUAUGAAUUGGUAGAUUUUAUGUUAAUAUUUCUGUAAUGAUAAGUGUAUAUAUAAUUGUAUAUCAAACUAAUUACGUUGUGAUGGGAGGGUUUGUUUUCAUUGUAAAUUUGAAAAUAAAGAUACAUUAUGCUAA